CAAGCAAGCCUCAGGUCGAUAAUGGGAAAGCUGUUCGGGGUGAAUAUUUAAAGAACCUCGAUGCCCAGAGAUUCGUGUUCACGUUUUCAAAUAUCAAGAGCAUCCAUAUCGCUAAGCGGAGACAGGCCUAGCCGAGAAACCCACGCCAACAUGAGCAUCACCGUCAAUGCCCUCACACCUACCGAAGUGGUUGAGAUGAUAACUUCCACUGGGGUGCAGAAGGGAAACAUGCGCCUGGACAAAGUAUUCUUUAGCUCCGUCUCCGCUGGCUGUUUUCUCGCCUUUGCGUGUGCAACUGCUCUAAGCACCAACACCGCGCCCUGGUGGCAGGAGAAUGCCCCUGGUUUGAUUCGCACCAUCAGCGCCCUCGUAUUCCCGUACGGUUUGUGCAUGAUCAUUCUUACAGGGGCAGAUCUAUGCACUGGGUCUUUUAUGUUCACCACUGUCGCAGCUCUCCAAAAACGUCUCCCUUGGUACAAGAUGCUCAUCCAUUGGUUCGUCACCUUCUGGGGAAACCUAUGCGGUUCUCUCUUCGUUGUCUCCAUCAUCCUCGGUUACGGCGAGGUACUUUCAGCCGCUCCGUACAGCACUGAAGUUAUCAAUUUUGCCACAAAGAAGCAAGUCACGCCAGAUUUCCAUGAAGUCUUCCUCCGCGGAAUUGGCUGUAACUGGUUGGUCUGUUUGGCGUGUUUCUUUGGUAUCCAGGGGCGCGAUCUUGCUAGCAAAGUGAUCGGUAUCUGGUGGCCUAUUUUCGCUUUCGUCUCUCUUGGAUUCGACCACGUUGUCGCCAAUAUGACAUUUAUCCCUAUGGCUAUUUGGUUGGAUGCCCCUGACAUCACCGUUGGGUUGUAUAUCUGGAAGGGUAUCAUCCCGACUUUGAUUGGUAACAUUAUCGGUGGAGGAUUGUUCUGCGGUGAGUAUUUUCGCUGCCUAAUACAUUAUAACUAACGUACAGAAUAGGUGGUUACUACUGGUACAUGUACGGGCUCGACGAGGAGACUUUCGCCCUAACGAUCAAAGGAUUGGGAAAGAGUCGCGCGGCCAGCGUCGAAGACAUUGAGGCCAGCGCAGAAGCUCCAGUUAGUGAAGUCAAGGAGGGUGGACAUUAAAUAUCGACUUCGACCCAUAGAUCUCGUGGUCGAGCAUGAAUCUAUCAGUCAAAGUUGUGACGAAAUAACCGGGUACUACGUCCGGUACAGCUAUCUGUCUUAUGUCUAUGAUUCUUUUUCGUGAUACCUAUAUAGCACCUGUGGUGACAGUAUUAAUUUAGUGAUGAUAUAACCAUCAAUUUGUAUAUGAUGUUAUAAAAGUUUCACAGUCGAAGAGGACUUUCAGGCAAGC